GUUAAGUUACAGAGCAUGUGCCUCCAACUCCUUUAGCGCUGGCUGUGACAAAGCACCUGCAGCUCUUGAGUUUGGUAGUUUACAGUACUUGCAUCCUGGUUACCCCCCACUUCUUCCCCGAGAGCCCCUCCGACCGGGAUGCCGGUCGCAACUUGACUUCCAAGGUUCGCUUCAGAAGCUCUCUGACGUUAGGCUGCCGAAUUGCAAUUGCGAUUGCGAUUGCAACUUGCAACCACAACCGCAACCGCAACCACAACCGCCACCCUCUCAGAAGGCAACCUGGACGUCUUUGCUUGUUCUCCUCAUAGUCACAAUCCACAUCAGGAUGUAAUUUGUUUUUGCUCCAUUGGAAAGCCGCUCAUCACAUCGACAACCGAUAGUUAGUGCAUGCAUUUGCGUUGCACUCACGCGCACAAUGCGUUAUUCGAUUGUUUCAUCAUUCAUCCUAUCCGCUUGCCUUCCAACUUCGGCCUACGUCCAUGCUCUGCCUCAAGAGCCCGGCCAGUUGACGCCGAUUCCUCAACGCAGCCCGACACCAGCCUCCAAGGCAUCGUCGUGGCUCAAUGUAUGGCCAUUGAGUCUGGUCCGGACCGACGAUGGUGCCGAGCAUCGACCGCUGAAGCCAAACUAUGACCGACAAGUUGUCCUUCGCUUCAACGUUUCUACCGUCGAGCAUGAAGCCGCGUUCAGGAGAGCAGCUGACCAGAUGCUGCUGGAUGUCUGGGAUUUCGGUCCAAGCUAUACUGAUAUACGCAUUCCAAAGAACCGCAUACGGGGGUUCUUGGACUUGUUGCCAGAGCCCAUGAGGGCAGAUAGCAUGGUCCUGAUUCAAGACCUCGCUCGCGUAGUUGCUGCGACAUACCCUUCUCGCCAGGACCGGAGCGACUUUGACGCCUUCGUGAGACAGGGACAGACACCUGCCGAUACUAAGAAUCGCGGCCAGGGAGUCAACGACUUGUUCAAGCACAAGCUGGACGAUCUCUUCUUCAGGGACUACCAGCCAAUGUCCGUAAUCGCAACAUGGAUGCAGUACUUCGAGUCCAUGUUCAAAUUCCAGCAUGAAGGGCUCGUUACCUUGCUUACAAUCGGGAAGUCCUAUGAGGGUCGAGACAUCCCUGCCUUGAGGAUUGGCUUUGAUGUUCAGCGCCACCACAAGAAAAAGAAGCCCCGGAAGACCAUACUCAUCACAGGCGGCCUUCAUGCCCGAGAAUGGAUUUCCGUCAGCACUGUCAACUAUCUUGCCGACAUGUUUGCCACCAAGUUUGGCAAGGAUGAUGUCGUCGAUGCGAUGCUUAAGGAAUACGAUAUCGUCUUCGUUCCCGUGCUGAAUCCCGACGGAUACGAGUAUACCUGGAAUGUGGACAGACUCUGGCGAAAGUCCAGGCAAAGCACCACGAUGCGUUACUGCCAUGGUUACGAUUUGGAUCACUCAUUCGGAUACCGCUGGAAUGCUGCUGAGCACCAGAGUGACCCUUGUUCCGAGAGUUAUGGCGGCAACGAGCCUUUCCAGGCCGUCGAGGCUCGCCAGCUGGCUAAUUGGGCGACCAACCAGACCAAGCAUGGCGUCAACUUUGUAGCUUACAUUGACCUGCACUCAUACUCACAGCAGAUUCUGUGGCCUUAUGCAUAUUCCUGUGAUGCCAAGGUACCGAACCUGGAGAACAUGCAAGAGGUUGCCAUGAACAUAGCAAAGUACAUGAGACUCUUGGGCACGGGUGAGUACUACAGUGUUGGUUCGGCAUGCGAGAGUGCUGUGGCAAGCAAUACCACAAUCGACGAGGCUUCACGGGGAGUACAUAAGCGACGGAUUGAAGCUGCCGGUGGAGCUGCCAUUGAUUACUUCCACCACGAUUUGGAUGCGCGAUAUAGCUUUCAAAUCAAGCUUAGGGAUACAGGAAGUUACGGCUUCCUCCUCCCCAGUAACAGCAUUGUCCCCGUCGGCGAUGAGGUGUUUGCGGCUGUCAGGUUCCUCGGUGACUAUAUGCUGGGAAACAAUGGGAUCGAAAUGGUUCCAGACACAACCCAUGCUGAUCAAAAGUCAAUGUCUGGUGAUUGGGACUCAGGAAUGUCCGAGCUCAAGCGAAGAAAGAUGAGGUGAUAAUCCAGGGAGGGGGAGGUCAGCAUCGUAUGUGAUCAUUUAUGUUGUACAUGAAUUUUUGGGGGCGGGGGCGGGUUUUACUGGCGUUCUCCAAACCAGCAAGGAGUCAAGGCGGGUGCUUUCCCUGUUCUGCAUUGCAUCACACGUCGUUAACUGGAUGGGCUUUGCAAUUGCGGCUGUAUGGUUUGAUUCCAUGUACAUGAGUAUACAAAUUGUUGGUCCAAGGUCACCAAUCUUUAAAGAAUAAGUAUGAGACACAUCUGGAUGCG